GCUGGCAUUCGGCGGCAGGAGCAACUUGAGGAGGCUGUGAACCGCCUGUCUGGAGCAAACUGGUGAUUUGGGCUCAACACUCAUUCAAACUGUCCAUAGUGCUCAUCUACUCAAUUCUCAGUUUGCUAACAGUGUUCCAGGUAUGGAGAUCAAGAAUGCAUAAUUGCGGCACGGUGCCGAGAAUGUGUGGUUGCUGAAUAUCCUACCUGUUUGUGUCCCCUCGUCUGUUCCUGUUUGGCUUAGUUUUUCCCCUCUUUUGCGCUCAUUCUCCUGUAACAAAGCACCCAUAAUGUCACAGCCAUCUGAUGCUGAGCCGGUCACAGUUGUACCUGCUGCCCCAGCAGAACCCACCACUGAACAAACAUUCCCCACUACAACUGCCACAGCACCAACUGCACUUACGACAAAGGCUUCAUUCUGGAGGGAGAGAAAAAAAGUAUCCGAGAAGACCGAUGAGUUUCUGCUGGCCAGGUUUCAGGGUGAUGGAGUUAGGUAUAAAGCCAAGCUUAUUGGUGUGGAUGAUGUCCCAGAAGCCAAAGGGGAUAAAAUGUCUCAGGAUUCCAUGAUGAAACUAAAGGGCAUGGCAAUUGCUGCUCGUUCUCAAGGCAAGCACAAGCAAAAAAUCUGGGUGAACAUUUCUCUAACAGGAAUCAAAAUUGUGGAUGAGAAAACGGGGGUUAUAGAACAUGAACAUGCUGUGAAUAUGAUCUCAUUUAUUGCUCGAGAUGUCACUGAUAACCGGGCAUUUGGAUAUGUGUGCGGAGCAGAGGGACAGCACCAGUUCUUUGCAAUUAAGACUACUCAGCAGGCUGAGCCUCUGGUCAUUGAUUUGAAGGACUUAUUUCAGCUGAUCUUCAACAUUAAGAAGAAAGAGGAGGAGGCUGUACUGAAGGGUGAUCAAGGCUCUGUGAUCAAGAAUGGCGAUGAUACUUUACUCACCCUGGAUGGCAAAGAAAAUGCUGUGAAAACUGUGGAUCAGAUGGACCUGUUUGGAGAUAUGUCCACCCCACCUGACAUUCACUCUCCUACGUCACCUGGAAAUGACCUGUUUGGAGCUGACCUCUUUGCUCCAACCCAGAAUGAGUCUGUGCCCUCAAACCAAAACUCCUCCAUUCCAGUUGAACUAUUCAACACUACACCAGCCUCCAUGAAUGCUCUUGGUUCAUUGUCUCUGGGCCCUGCUUCUGUAAUUCAAACUCCUGGAACAGCCCCUUCUCCAUGGGGUCAGACACACACAAUGUUUUAUCCUCAGGGUGGUGUUCCUCAAGUAUCAGUUCCAGGGGCACUGCCAAAACCUUUUCCUCAACUGCCUGCCUUUGGAGGUCUGACUGCACCGGCAUGGGUGCCGCAAGGAGCUUCACCUUAUGGUCCACCAGCUGCCACACAAGCCUGGGGUCAACCAGGAACCCCAGCACCUGUUGGGGCCUGGCCCACCUCUGGUCCUAUGGCCAGCACAUUCCAACCAAACCAAUUCAAUCAAAGGAUGACUCCUAGUGCAAUGAUGGGUGGGCAGCAGGGUGCUAUGGUUCCCCCUCGUCCUCCACCACAUCCCCCGGUGAAAGAAGAACCCCCAACAGUCAAAAGUGCCUUCACCACAUUGGACCCCCUUGGGGAGAAGGAAACGAAAACUGGAAAAGACAUGUUCAAAGACUUCCAGAUGGUCAAGCCCCAGAAAGCUGAUCAAGGAAAUGACCCAAGCACCAAUGGCUCCUUUGACCAGUACUUUUCCAGCAAGGUUGGCUUGGCUCAAGGGGUGGCUGACCAUGAUGACUUUGGCAUUAACCAAAUAUCAGUUAGCUUAAAUGGGCCAUCUAAACUUGCUCCUCAGCAGUCCUCCCCUCUGGGUCUGACCCUAAUCCCAACAACAGGGCUUUUGGAUUCUGCCUUUACACUUAAUGCAUCCGCUAUAUCUUCAAACCCAACUCUUGCAGCAGGCUCGAACAUUUUUGAUGAAGCUUUUGGAAAUUACCCCUUUGGCGCACCACCCCUGAAUACAAGCACUCCAGCCACUCAGUCUGCUAACUCUGCAGAUGCUUUUGGAGACCCUUUUGGGGGAAAUCCAUUUGCCUGAAUACAUUUGCCUUUGUAACUUCUCUUCUCUAGCACUUCUGUACACUCCCAUUGCGCCAGUGCUGCUGAGCCAGAGGACCACACAAGCACUUUAGAGUUGCUAUUUGCAUUUCACUUCAUGGAAAAACAAUGUGCACAUUUAAAACCUUUUUCUAAUAUUUUGUGCUCCACUGUCUUAUCUGCUGUAACCUCUCUUUCUGUGCCUUUUAUUACUGAUCACAGAUUAGCCCUUCUCUUCAUACCCAUUUCAAAGCAAAGCCAUUCAUCAAGUUGAGAAUUGAAGUAGGGUUCUGUUUAAGAAUGUAAUUGAGAAGGAGGUAGAACAAAACAAUGUGCAACAAUGUACACUCUUUGUCUGUAUAUGAGUAUUCUUGACAUUUAUGAUAGUAUAAUGCUUCAUCCAUAUGAUUUGUCAUUUAAAGAGUGAAUUAUGUUGUGGCUUAUUUUGUGACAUUGUUUUUCUUAAUAUACUCUGGAAACAAAUAAAUAAAUAAAGGUCAGAUCUGGAUGACAAUAUGCUCUUAAUUUGUCUGAAUGGACUUUUGACAGUAUGCAAAUUUGUUUUCUCACAAACUUUAAUAGUGUUAAGGCUCUUUAGAGAAGUUUCAGAGCUUUUCUUAGAUGCUGAAAA